AAUCCUACUCGUUGUUAUGAGAUGCUUCGAAUGGAAAAACAUAUUUUUAACAAAUUAUGUAAUGAAUUAGUGGAACAUGGUUUAAAGUCUUCUAAACGUAUGACAAUUGAAGAAAUGGUUGCAAUGUUUCUAGUCAUUGUAGGUCAUGGGGUAGGCAAUAGAAUGAUUCAAGAAAGAUUUCAACACUCGGGUGAAACGGUAAGUAGACAUUUUCAUCGAGUUCUUCAUGCAUGCCUUAAGUUGUCUUUCAAAUAUAUCAAACCCGAAGAUCCUAUGUUUUGUCAUUGUCAUGCCAAAGUAAAAAAUGACAAACGUUAUUGGCCAUUUUUUAAGAAUGCUAUAGGAGCGAUUGAUGGUACACAUGUGUCAUGUGUAGUUAGUGCUAGUGAUCAAACUAGGUUUAUUGGAAGAAAGGGAUAUCCAACACAAAAUAUUAUGGUUGUAUGUGAUUGGAAUAUGUGUUUCACUUUUGUAUUAGCUGGUUGGGAAGGUACUGUCCAUGAUGCUCGUGUUUUUGAUCAAGCUCUUACAAAUAUAGACCUUAAUUUUCCACAUCCUCCUCCAGGUAAGUAUUAUUUGGUAGAUUCUGGGUAUCCAACACCAGUAGGAUACAUUGGUCCCUAUAGAUGUGAACGCUACCAUCUUCAUGAGUUUAGGCGUUCAAGUGGAUUUGAUAAUCAUAAUGAAGUAUUCAAUUAUUACUACUCAAGUUUAAGAUGCACAAUAGAAAGAACUUUUGGGGUAUGGAAAAACAUAUUUGCAAUCCUACGUCGCAUGCCGAAGUUCAAAUAUGAAACACAAGUUCAAAUAGUAGUCGCAACAAUGGCAAUACACAACUUUAUCAGAAGGACUGCUGAAGUGGAUGCUGAUUUCAAUCUUUAUGAAGAUGAAAACACAAUCAUUCACGAUGAUGAGAAUCAUAGAUCAAAUAACUUGGAUCCCUCACAAAUUUUCAACGUAGCUUCUUUGUCAGAGAUGGAUCAUGCUCGAGACUUAAUUCGUAAUCAAAUUAUAGAGUCUAGGUUAAAUAAUUAAUUUAUGAUAGUGUUGCACUUAAGGAUUUUUCAGUCAACUUAAUUUAUGCUCACCUUGAAAUUGUGCUACCAGCAUGCUUAAGAAUGUGUGUCUUGUUUUCUACUGCUACUGCUUCAAGAGUUGCCUAAAUGGCAAACUACUUGCAUUGUAUCAAA